AUGGGUUCUUUGGAAAAGCUGGGAGUGAUUGGAAUGUCAGAUAGUGCUAUUUGGAGUGUAGCGUCCCAUCCAAAAGACAGAAUUGUUGCAUCAUGCGGUAAUAGCAUUGUUAUCUGGAUGGAUCCCAGUUUAAAGGAGCACGAUUGGUACCAAGAAAUAAAAGUCGAAAAUGAAUAUUUUAUUAUUGAUAGGAUCUGGGUAAAAGCUUAUGAGUUUGGAAAUUUUGAACAUAGGAGACUAAUUAGAAAGAUUAUUUGGUCACCAUGUGGAAAAAUGAUAAUUUCUGCAAGUUUUGAUAGCUCUAUUUCAAUCUGGGAAUUUGUAUCCAAAAAUAUUGGGUGGGCUUGCAUUUGUAGGAUUCUUGGCCCUGAAAGCGAAGUAAAGUGCAUUGAUUGGAGUCCCUUUAAUAAUUUUUUGGCUGCUUGUUGCAGAGAUAAAGCAAUUUGGUUUUUUUCGCUGGAUUUUGGUUUAAAUAGAAAAUUGGGGACACCUAUAGAAUACGAUUGCAUAGGAGUGGUAAAUGCUCACACAAAUGACAUAAAGAAGAUUAAGUGGCAUCCAACUGUUCCAAUGGUGUUGCUUUCAUGUUCAUAUGAUAACAACAUAAUAGUUUGGGCACCUGCUUCUCAAUUCUUAGCUGAGUACGAAGUUAAAGGAUUGGAGUGGGUUAAAUUGUACACACUCAAUGGACAUUUUUCUACUGUUUGGGAUUUUACAUUUAGUCCAAAUGGAGAAUUCUUGCUAUCUUGUUCAGAUGAUUCUUCAAUUAUUCUAUGGCAUAGCGAUCAAGGGAAUGAAAAUAAAUUUAAAAAUUUAAAUCCAACAAACUUUGCACUAACUGACACUUUCAAAAUUAUCCUUCAAAACACUUUAAAUGCAAAGGGGCUUUCAAAAUAUAUUCAAAUUGACCAAGCAAGUUCAUUCGUUAAUAGCUAUAACAAGGAGUUAUACAGUUAUCCUAUUUAUUCCAUUGAAUGGUGCAAAUAUCUAAAUUGUAUUAUUGUUUCAUCUGCGGAUAAAAGUUUACAUUCAUUCUCCAUUACUGAUCUAAACAAAUUGAAACAUAUUUGUGAAAAACCAAAUGCUCAUAGUGGUGAAAUCAACUCAAUUUCUUGGUUAAAUGACGAUAAAAGAGGAGAGUUUAUUUCAGCAGGUGAUGAUGGAGAAAUUGCAUUAUGGAAAUUUAACUUUGAAUAA